AUGGCGGAAAGUGUUGGGAAAGAAGAAAUAAAAUGGACAACCACAGUAAUUAUUAGCUCAUCUCUUAAGAGUUAUGAAAUUGCAACUGCCCUAGAAAAUCAAAGCCACAAGAUUCGGUAUUCAGAUACAGUGGAAAAUGGAUCAAUUAUAUUUUCUCUUUCUGGAGUUGCAUUUUUAUUAAUGGAUGCUAAAGAAUGCAUUAUGUCAACUGAAGAAAUAUUUCUAACCAAAAUUGAGAAGUUUAUUAACAUUCACCAAAAUAGUUUUUUGGUUUUGUUUGCUGCCCUCCAUGGGCCUGAAGAAUGGAAACUGAUGUUCAGGAUUCAGCAGAGAUUCCUGGGAAGUAACUUACGGAUACUUCCAGUACACAACACAGUAAAUGCUAUUAAUCUUAUGUGCACUGUAGCCAAGACUACCUCUAAACCAUACAUAGAUAGCAUCUGCUAUAGAAUGGUAACAACUAAAGCUUACAUCAUAGAGCAAAGUCCUGUUUGGAAAACACUUCAAAAGAUAAAACUGGGCAGAGAUGCAAUUAACCCAAAUUAG